AUGACAGAAAAUUAUCAACAUUGCAAAAUAAAUUUAAUGUCGGAUCAGUUGUCAAAGCCAUGCAAAAGCAUUCAGGAUCUCACCAAAAGCUCAAAUAUUCAAGAAACUGCAUAUAAUAAAGAUGCAGAACCGCAUGAUAACUGUAGCUCAUCUUUUAAUGAAGAUGAAGUAAGAACAAUAGAUUCAGAGCAAAAUCAUUUGUCUUCAUAUCACAAAGUAGACCACGACGCUCAGCAUUGGAGAUUUUCUGACAGUCUGCAGCAUACAGGAGAGCAUGCGAAAGGAAGUCCUAUACAAGAAAAUGUACUUCCUCAGGCUUCACCAAACAAUCAAUCAUCUAAUGGAGUUCGUUGGCGCCAUUAUAAAAACAACGGUCAAGAAAUGUAUAUUAACGAAAAAACUGAUGAAACAUGGAUUCCAGCAACUGAUCAAUACGGCAAAACCUACUAUUACGAAUUGAACAGCCGUCAUUCAGUGUGGACCCUUGAAGAUUUAGAUACAACAACAACAACAAAUACAGACACAUCAUAUUUAUCUGAUUCAUUAAAUAAUUAUCUAGAUAGUAAUGGACAAAAUCCUGCCUGUGAUGACUUCAAUUAUUCAAUAGAUGGAGAUGAUGAAGAUCAUGUCUCUGUUAUUGAUGAAUAUCCAUCUAUGUCUAAACUUUCAAGUACAGGUGAAGUUAAACGGAGAAUAAUGAACAAAACCAAAAAGUCAAAUAGAAUUUCUAAUUCAUCGGUUGAAGUUUCUCCAACACCUGUAUUGAGCAGACCUUUCAGCUUAGUAAGUCUUGACGAUGGCGAACAAGGAACAGGACGUUUUCAAAUGAAGAACCUAAGCAAGGAACAUAUCAGUGGACCGCAUGAAAAUAAACUGACGCAUUUUGAACGACGUGGUUCAGUUAUCCGUACUAUAUUAAUUGAAAAUGACAAACGAAUAUCGAAAAAAUGGACUCCUGGUGUUUUACUUCUCUCUGGUCCAUUACUUCUAAUAUACAAAGAUAAUAAGACUAUUUUAUCUAAAAUAAAUCAACCACAAUGUAAACCUGAUAUUCAAUUCAAUAUAAGAGAAAUAGAAAUUAGUGAAGCAAACGGUGAACAGACAUCAAGGAAGAAUGUACUUAAGAUUGAUUAUAACAUUUCUGGAAAACUUAACGUCUACUUAGUACAAAUUCCAGCUAUUGAUUAUGAAUCAUGGAAGGCUGCAAUACGAUAUGCAAAAGAUCUUCUAAAAGAAGAUCGUGGAGUGACAUUAACACGUUCCAUUACACGACGCGAUGCAGCACAACCAUCUAUGUUGGAUAGUAAACUGUUAGCAAAGCUAAGAGAUUUUUUCCGAACCAGACCAACUGCUGCAUCGUUAAGAUCUCGUGGAAUUUUGAAGAAUGAAUCCGUUUUUGCAUCCACAAUUAUGCAGGUCUGUGAAAAUGAAAGUUCAGAUGUUCCUAAUUUUGUUGUCCGUGCGAUUCGUGCUAUUGAGGCUAGAGGACUUGAUCAUAUUGGCAUUUAUCGUCUGAGUGGAAAUGGAGCCACUAUACAAAAGCUUCGUUGUGCUGUCAACCAAUAUAAUUACAGUUUGAAUUCUGAAAAAUGGAGUUUAGAAGUGUUAACAGGUGCUUUAAAACUGUUUUUCCGAGAACUUAAAGAACCAUUAAUAACAUUUAAAAUUUAUCCGGAAAUUGCUUCACUUUUAGCUAAUAAAGAAAUGGCACCAGAUAGAAAAGUUGCCAAAAUGAGGGAUUUAAUCAACUCUAUGCCAGCACCGCAUGUGAAUACAUCAAGAAUUCUUUUCCAUCAUUUAUACAGAGUGAUGCAGCUGUCUGAAAUGAAUCAAAUGCAUUCUUACAAAUUAGCAAUUGUUUUCGGCCCCAGCUUACUUUGGCCUGAAGUAGAUUCUGCUGCAUUUGGAGCACUCACAUCUGUACAGGCUCCGUGUGUGGAAUUCUUGCUUAUACAUGUAGAAGAAAUAUUUGGACCAGUGACGCCGCCACCAGUGAUAUCCUAA